AUGCCACACGCCAUUGCACUUGAGAGCGGAGCCAAGUCCGUUUUUUCCUCCGUCCCCAGAGUGCCAGCAGAUGCCAUCUUUGCCUUGACAGCUCGGUACGUUCGGGACCCCUUUCCUCGGAAAGUUAACCUCGGACAGGGGACAUAUCGGGAUGAGCAUGGCCAGCCAUGGGUCUUGCCAUCUGUGCGCGCAGCUCGAAAGCGCCUCGAUGAGAAGGGCCUGAACCAGGAGUAUCUGCCUAUCCUUGGACUCGCUGGCUUCCGCCGCUCGGUUGCUCAGGCCGUCCUUGGCAAGACAUUUUUCCAAGAGCAAGAGUCAAAGGUGGCCACAUGCCAGAGCGUAUCAGGAACUGGUGCUCUACACUUGGCGGGCCUCUUGUUGGCUCGAUGCUACCCAGUCAGGCCAAAGGUGUACAUUCCAGAGCCUACCUGGUCAAAUCACACCCAAGUCUUCUCCAGUAUUGGCUUCGAGUGUCGGCCAUUCAGCUACUACAACGAAGAUAAGAAGAGGCUAGACUUUGACUCAUAUCUCAAUGCCCUGCGUACCGCCGCACCCGGAUCCGUAUUCGUCCUCCAUGCCUGCGCCCAUAACCCUACUGGCUUCGAUCCGACAGAAGACCAGUGGCGGGAAAUCGGCAGGUUGAUGAAGGAACGUGAACUGUUCCCGGUAUUUGAUGCGGCGUAUCUCGGAUUGAACUCGGGGUGUCUUGACCAAGAUGCAUUUGCUAUUCGACAUUUCAUUCAAGAGCUACAGCUCGAGGCGAUCGUUUGCGUAUCCUUUUCCAAGAACAUGGGUCUCUAUGGUGAACGCGUGGGGUGUGUCCUGGCUUGUGCCUCGACAGAGGAUGCCGCAGCGAGGUCUCUUUCUAUGUUGGAGAAUCUUCAACGUGUUGAGGUGUCGAACCCGCCGGCAUACGGUGCAAAGAUUGCACAGCUCAUUUUAAGUGACGAGGAACUGUUCUCCACCUGGAAAGAAGAUCUUGUCACCAUGAGCAGUCGUAUCCGGUCAAUGAGAUGGGCCUUAUAUGACCAGCUAAAUGCACACGCUACUCCAGGGAUCUGGAAGCAUAUUGUCCGGCAGUCUGGCAUGUUCAGCUUCUUGGGGCUGUCCCCGCAAAUGGUUCAAGAUCUUGAAGAAAAUUAUCACAUUUACUUGGCGGAGAACUCCCGCAUUUCCAUGGCAGGCCUCAAUGAGAGCAAUGUAGGUUACGUUGCUGGAGCGAUCGCAGCAUGUGUCCGGAGGGUCUUGCAAUAG